UUUAAUUUAAAACAAAAAAACAAAAAAAAAAAUAAAAUGGUAGUUUUAGCAGCAGCUAUUUGUACUAAAAAUGGUAAAGCCUUAUUAUCAAGACAAUUUUCAGAAAUGACCAAAAGCAGAGUUGAAGGUCUCUUAGCAGCUUUUCCAAAAUUAAUUGGCACUGGUAGACAACAUACUUUUAUUGAAACAGAAAAUAUCAGAUACGUUUAUCAACCAUUAGAGUCACUUUAUAUAGUUUUAAUUACAAAUAAAAAUUCAAAUAUUUUAGAAGAUUUAGAUACAUUACAUUUAUUGGCUAAAUUGGUUCCAGAAUAUUCAAAUUUUGAUGAAUAUGAUAUAUCCAGAAAUGCAUUCGAAUUAGUAUUUACUUUUGAUGAAGUAAUUGCAAUGGGUUAUAAAGAAAGAGUUUCACUUCAACAAAUUAAACAUUUCAUUUCUAUGGAAAGUCAUGAAGAAGAAAGAUUUAGAAGAGAAGAAGAAGCUAAAAAGAAAGAUGCAGGAAGAAUUGCUAAUCAAAAAGCAUUACAAAUUGAAAAACAAAGAAGAGAAGAGGAACUUAGAGGUGGUGGUAGAAUGAGUGGUAGAAGUGGAUUUGGUGGUGGUGGUAUGGGCAGUGGUGAUUAUAAUCCAGUACCAUCAGGCUAUGAUAAUAAUAAUAAUAAUUCACCAUCACGUUCAUCAGGUUAUCCUGGCAGAGAUAAUAAAGGAAAUGAAAGAGAUUCACCAUCAUCAACCCCAUCAUCAUCAUCUAAACCAUCAUCCUCAUCCUCAGGCUUACAAGGUAUGAAACUUGGUAGUAAAUCUAGUUUAUCAAAGAACAUUUUUUUUUCUUUUUGUUAUAGUGUCCAUAUUACAAUCGAAGAAGCCUUCUCAGCAUUAGUCGAAAGUGAUGGUACAAUUGAAGGUGUUGAUAUUAAGGGUGGUUUAUCAGUACAAAUUAAUGAUGAAUCACUCGGUAAAGUUAAAGUUUUACUCAAACAAGGCAGAGAUUCAAAACAAUUCCAAUUUAUUACUCAUCCAAAUAUCGAUAAAGCAGUAUUUACAGAUCAAUCAGUUUUGAAACUUAGAAACGAUGCCAAAUCAUUCCCAAGUGGUGGUGUUUUGAAAUGGAGAUGUAAAACUAGUGAUGACUCAAUGAUUCCAAUUCGUGUCAAUUGUUGGCCAUCACCAGGUAGAGACAGCACAAUGGUCAGCUUAGAAUAUGAAUGUACUGUAGAUUAUGAAUUAAAGAAUGUAUUUAUUGUUAUUCCAAAUCCAACAUCAAACACACCAGUUAUUAAUAAAUUUGAUGGUCAUUACGAAUAUGAUACAAAACAAAGAUUGGUCAUUUGGAAGAUUCCAGUCAUCGAUGAAUCAAAUAAAACUGGUGCUUUAGAAUUCUCUGUUAAAGGUAAUACCCAAGCUUUCUUCCCAGUUAAAAUUCAAUUUACAGCCUCUCAAACCAUUUGCGAUACUGUCAUUGGUAAUGUAAUCAUAGAAGAAACUAAUCAACCAACUACUUAUUCAAAUGAAACAACUUUAUCAGUUGAUACCUAUGAAAUUAAAUAAAAAAAACUAUAAUAUAACAAACAACCAAAUAAAACAAUUUUAAAAGUAAAGAAAAAUAUUUAAAUAAAAUAAAUAAAAACAAUAUAUAAUCU